UUGAACGAGUCGGACGCGAUUGUUGUUAUUAUUUUGGUUAUUACUUUUGUGUCGUCGUUUGUUGUUUCCUUGUGUUGCGGAAGAAAUACAUAAUAAGUUGUUUUAGCUGCUCUUCAACUAAAUUUACAAGUUGCAAUCAAUAUAUUAAUGUGAUGUAUGUGAGCAGAAAUUAAGAAAAUUAAUUCACAGAGAAAAAAGUGCUAAAGAGAAUUACCAUAUCAACAUUUUUAGACAAAACCCGCAUAAAGAACAUUUUUGCUGUAUUUUGUUGUGUUUCAUUUUGGAUGGUCAUGGCUGUCGUAACUGAUGGAUCAGUGUGGGCAACGGGUAACGGCACUGUCCAAAGGUGCUAAUUGGUGAGAAACUAAGAACUUAAAUUGAACGGACACUAACGCAAACGUAACCUCAUGGUGUUGGCCCGCGAAGAUGCCUUCAGCGAACUCCGAAGACUUGCGGCGAAAGUUUCUAAUUGUGCAACAACAGCGCUCUGCACCCCCCAACCUGGCCGGCGACAAUCUCGCCCAGUCACAGGUCCAGGCACAGUCACAGCAUCAGCCUCAGCACAGCCACAGCACAAUGCCAACGACAGGGGCUCCUACACCACUCGGAGGCGGCGGCGAACCCGAGCGCACCUACGUCUUUCCGGGCACCCAUCAGGUGGGCACCGCGGCCGCAGGUAGCAUGCCCAGUGGCCCUGGCAUACCGGGCGUGGCAAUCAUAUCCAGCCAUGGCAACACCACCACCCUCAACCCCGCUGGCCAUAGCCGUGGCGGCCAUGCGCGAUCAGUCAGCCAUGGCGGUGGUGCUAUUGUCGCUGUCGGCGCCGGCGGUCGGCCGAUUAAGUCGGCGAUGAAGGGCCAUCAACGUGCCUUCUCGCAGGGACAGAUUACGGACUCGCCGCCGGGCAGCGCAGCUCCCGCGGGUCGCGGCCACAGUCGCGUGGGUUCCAAAACGGAUUUCAUUCUGCCGCCGGGACACAAGGAUGAGCCCGUGAGAGAGCGGGAAUUUGGCCCCUCGGCGCCAAGCUCAGCCACCGGCGGACGCGGUCAUUCCCGUCAAGCAUCCCGCUCCGAAUCCAUCUAUACGUUGCGCCGCACCGAGGUGCCGCCCUGGUGGAAACGGUUCACACUGUGCAACUUCAACAACAACGACAAGUUCGAGGAGCGAAGCUAUCGCAUGGUGGUGCCCAAUCACACGGUGCCGCCAAAGACUCCCAAGCGAGAGCAUCCCAAUGGCCAGUUUGUGGGCAACAAGAUACGCACAACCAAGUACACGCUGCUUUCGUUCAUACCGAAGAAUCUGCUGGAACAGUUCCAUCGCGUGGCCAAUUUGUACUUCAUUUUCAUCGUUCUGCUUAACUGGCUGCCUGCCAUCAAUGCCUUCGGCAAGGAGGUGGCCAUGAUUCCAGUGCUCUUUGUGCUGGGCGUGACGGCGGUCAAGGAUUUGUUUGAGGACCGACGUCGCCGAGCGUCUGAUAAGCGCAUUAACAACACAACCUGCAGAGUCUAUGAUGGAGAAACGGAGCACUAUAAACGAAUCAAAUGGCAAGAUUUGCGUGUCGGCGAUAUAGUCCAUCUGUCGAACAACGAGACGGUGCCCGCCGACAUUCUGCUGCUGCGCACGAGUGACCCCCAAGGGGUCUGCUAUAUUGACACAUGCGACUUGGAUGGCGAAACAAAUCUGAAACGCCGUGAGGUAGUACGUGGCUUUACGGAAAUGCAGAAUAUAUUUUUGCCCAGCAAGUUUAUGAGCUGCGUGGAGGCGGAUGCACCAACAACAAAACUGUAUAGAUUCCAUGGGGCCUUAAUACAUCCAACUGGAGAGCGUGUACCCAUAUCGACCGAGUGCCUUUUGUUAAGAGAAAGCAGACUGAAGAAUACGGACUAUGUCGAAGGCAUUGUUGUCUAUGCCGGGCAUGAAACAAAGUCCAUGCUGAAUAACAGUGGUCCAAGGUACAAGCGCUCCCAGGUGGAACAGCAAAUGAAUAUUGAUGUGAUAUGGUGUGUGAUAAUAUUGUUGAUCCUUUGCGUUGUUGGCGCCAUCGGCUGCACCAUGUGGCUGCGCUCCUUUGUUAACUUUCCCGUGCCCUAUCUGCCGUUCACGGUGAACCCUCCCUAUGAGGGCAUGCUCACCUUUUGGACGUACAUCAUCAUUCUGCAGGUGAUGAUACCGCUUUCGCUGUACGUGACCAUUGAGCUCUGCAAGAUACUGCAGGUGUUUCACAUACACAACAACAUCGAUCUGUAUGACGCGGACACCAACAAACAGACGGAGUGCCGUGCCAUGAACAUCACCGAGGAACUCGGCCAGAUACAACAUAUCUUCUCGGAUAAGACGGGUACACUUACCGAGAACAAAAUGAUAUUUCGACGCUGCGUGGUCAACGGUGCCGAUUACAAUCAUCCGCCCUCUGAGCUGGAGAAAUUGUACGCCAAGCCGGGAGCGCCGGCUCCUCCGCUGAUACCCAACGAGACGCUGGUCGAUGACAUGACGCAAUUGGGCGGGGGCACAUAUCUGACAACAAACGCUCAGCGGAUUCAGGAAUUCAUGGUCGUGAUGGCCAUUUGCAACACAGUGAUUGUGAGUGCUGGGCCGCAUCGUGACCUCAUGAAUGCCAGCGGCUUUAUUGAGCUUAACCAGAGUGGCAGCACACCGGCAGUCGUCAAUACCACGACAACUCCCCUGAAGCAUGUGCGCUCACGGAGCAAACUGCUGACCACCACAACGACGACGACGACCACAACCAUAAUAAAUGGUGGACCACAGCCGGCAGCAAUGGUUAUGCCAGCGGAUCGAUAUACACGGCUGGCCGAGUCGCGAUCUGUGACACCAUCACCACCGCCCAAUCUGCUCUUCGCCAUGCCCGCACAGAGCCAUCAGCCAACGCUGUCGCCGAUCAGCAGUUCGCCAGAGUCCACGCCCAAUUCGGAAUCGCCUUCGCCGCCGAUGAAGAACAAGGCGAUCUCGAACAGCAUUUCACCGACGGGCCGAGCCAAGGCUGUGAUCAAUUCCAAGAUCACUAGCCUCGCUACAUUUCUGAAUGCCAAGACACAAGGCAAGCGUCUCAAGAUCAACCAAACGAAGACGCAAACUUUUUAUAGAACCGCCGAUGGACGUCCUCUGUAUGAGGCCGAGAGUCCCGAUGAACUAGCGCUGGUCAAUGCCGCUUAUAGCUACGACUGCUGUCUGCUAAAUCGUAGUCCCAACCACAUCUUGGUGAGCAUGCCAUCGGCAGCGGCCACAGUUGAGUAUGAGAUACUCAAGAUACUGCCCUUCGACUCCAGUCGGAAGUGCAUGUCCAUUGUGGUCCGUCAAACAGGCACCCAAGAGAUAGUGCUCUACACCAAGGGUGCGGAUAGCACCAUCAUGCCUAUCCUGGCACCCUGUGCUCAGAACAGUCCCGAAGGUAUUCUGCGUGAGCAGACGCAACAGCAACUAGAUCGCUAUGCGAGGGAGGGUCUACGAAUCUUGGUGAUGGCGAAGCGUACCCUAAAUGCAUCCGAUUAUACGGAUUGGUGGGCACGCCACCAGGAAAUUGAAAUGUCUUUGGAGAAUCGUGAGCGACGACUGCGAGAUUCAUUCGCCAAGCUAGAGAGCAAUCUGACGCUGCUUGGCGCAACUGGCAUUGAGGAUCGCUUGCAGGAUGGUGUGCCCGAGACGAUAGCUGCCCUGCUAUCGGCGGGCAUUUCCGUGUGGGUACUAACUGGUGACAAACCGGAGACAGCCAUAAAUAUUGCUUACUCGGCAAAGCUCUUCACCCAGCAAAUGGAGCUGAUCAAAUUAACUGCUCGCUCCCGGGAUGCUGCUGAGACGGCAAUUAAUUUCUAUCUGACGGAUUUGAGGAAUGCAAAAGCGACAAAUUCGACAGGUUAUAGCUUAGCACCUCGCAGCAAGCCACGAGCUCUGGUUGUAGAUGGCAAGACGCUUACCUUUAUUCUAGAUUCCAAGUCGAAGCUUAUUCUGCCCUUCCUUAAGCUUGCCAAAGGAUGCGCUUCGGUGCUCUGCUGUCGAUCGACGCCACUGCAAAAGGCGUAUCUAGUCAAGGUGGUGAAGGAGGAGCUCAAUCUGCGCACACUUGCCAUUGGUGAUGGUGCCAACGACGUCUCCAUGAUACAGAUGGCCGAUGUAGGUGUGGGCAUCUCUGGCCAGGAGGGAAUGCAAGCUGUGAUGGCCGCCGAUUUUACACUUUCACGCUUCCGUUAUCUGGAACGCCUUCUGCUCUCGCAUGGAUACUGGUGCUAUGAUCGCCUUGCCCGCAUGAUACUCUACUUUUUUUACAAGAAUGCGACAUUCGUUUUUCUAAUAUUCUGGUAUCAAUUGUACUGCGGCUUCUCAGGAGCUGUGAUGAUGGAUCAAAUGUACCUAAUGCUGUAUAACUUACUCUUCACUUCACUGCCGCCCCUGGCGAUUGGUGUUUACGAUAAUCGAGUACCGGAGGACUUGUUGUUAAAGAACCCAUAUCUUUAUAAAAAUGGUCGGGUGGGCCUUGUCUACAGGCCACAUGACUUUUGGGUGAUAUUACUGGAUGCCCUCUAUCAAUCCCUUGUCAUAUUCUUUGUGGCUCUAUGCGCCUAUGCGGAAAGUGAUGUGGGAAUCUGGGAAUUCGGUACCACAAUCACGGCAAGUUGUCUAUUUGUCAAUUUAGUACACUGCGGCAUUGAGAUCCGUUCAUGGACGGUGCUACAUGUCAUUUCGAUAGUGGUCAGCCUAGGCUCGUUCUAUAUAUUCUCUGUUGUGUACAACUCGAUGUGUGUCAAAUGCUUUGGACUGCCCUCCACCUACUGGGUGAUCUUUAAGUGCUUUGCUUCUUCAGUUCAUUGGCUGGUUAUCCUACUUUCCACUGUGGUUGCUGUGCUUCCUCGACUGCUCCUGACAACACUACGCACCACCUUCUGUCCCGACGACAGCACCAAAGUCAUCCUACAGAGCAAACGUGAGCGCAGCAGAGGUGAGGGUUUGUUAGUUACAUGGUCGCGCUCGACGUCAGCCUCAUCAAUCUAUAGAAUCGCCGAUUAUGGGUCUAAGAAUCAGAUUAUAACAACGAUAACCUGAUCCAACGCCAAGUUGCAACAUUCGCGACCGAAACAAACGACACUCACAAAGAACUUGAAAAAUCACAACCCUAUACUUAAUACACAUGUGCUUUCAGUUUAAAAAUGUGGCCUUUCGACACCGAUUAAUAUUUACUUUAGUUUAAUUUAAUUUAGUUAACCAACUGCAACUCUCUAGUUUCUGAAAUUCAAUUCUGAAAGCAUAUAAAUACUUAGUAGAAAUUUAGAUUGAUUAUUCCUUGUAAUGAUAUUUGUUAGAAACAUACAAUGAUUAUUAUUAACACAUUUAGUUACAAUCUUUGCCUUAAUAUUAAAACGCAUCAAUGAGAAGUAAUUACAACAAUUAUGUAUGUUUAGAAAUGUAAAAUAUAUCUAACAUAAUUUAUGAAUAUUUAUUUGUACAUAAGUAGCAAUUAUGUAUAUCUGUCUAUGUGUGUACGUAUUUGCCUACCUAUAUUAUAUGAAGCGCCAGCCACCUAAUCAAUUAGAGUAAUCGAAGCACUUGCGACGCAAUUAUUAUUAAACAAAACAAACUGAUAAAAACAUUAAAAAAUUUGAAACACUAAGUUUGCGUACAAAAUAUAUGAAUGAUGUAUGCGAAUAUCAUAAAAAAAGAAACACACAAAACAAAAAAAUAAAAAAAAAACGAUAUCUUUAAAUACUGGACAAUUCAAACAGAACAGAACUUGAACGUUCAAUGUUCGUGAAAAGGCUGUGAUUCUACACUCAUGAGAAAUAUAACUAUGUAUAAGCAAAAUACAAAUAUACUUUAGUUUCAUAAAUUCAAGUAUUAUAACUCAAACACACAUCCUUCUCUUUGGUUUGCUGUCAUAACAAAUUGAAUUUUCUACUUUUUUUAGUUUUAUCCAAUGACAUCUAUGCAUACGUACAUAUACAUAUGUAUGAUAUCUGUAUCCAUUAAUUAUACUAAACUAUUUACCUUAAUUGAUUGUAUGUAGAUCGUUUCAACAGAGAACAAUAUAACAACAAUUACAUAAAACAUAAAUGCAAUAACUUAGUGUACGUUACAACAAAUACAAAAAAAAAAAACAAACAAAAUUA